UAGUACACGAACUUAUAUGACCCAUGUUUGAACACUUUGUCGAUGACUGAAUAGAUAAGAUCAUAUACAGUGAAAAUCUUGUACGUGGCUUUGACACAUCCUUGCACAAUGUGGACCCUGUUGAUUUCACCGAUUCUAAUUUCUCUUGUCUAUGGCGACAACAUCGAAAACUGUCCACCGAAUCUCUCACGAAACAUAAAUCUAAAGGCAUACAAUGGCCAUUGCUACGAGUUUGUGGUCCACCGCCAUAUUGAAUGGAAGGCGGCGGAGAGUGACUGUGCUUCUAAGGGAGGGACACUAGUUGUGGUCAACAACAUGGAGGAACAACUCUUCCUUAUGUCCGCUCUCGGGUCGUUCUCAUUCCAUGGUCAGGGAGUCUGGAUCGGAUUGACUGACCAGUUGCAGGAGGGGAAAUUUUCAUGGGUCUCCGGAGAGCCAGCUACUUUCACCUACUGGGCCGCAGGACAACCCGGAGUGAUAACCACACCCCAUAUUGGCAAGAAGCGUUUGAUUUUGGACACCAUUACUGGCCUUACUAACAUUCAUCUCAUAGACGAGGACUGUGUGCUGUUGAAAUACACCGACUCGGGUCACUGGCACGAUUACCCCUGUCUCAAGCUGGACCCUCUAGGCCUUGUGCACGAAAAUUUCCCAUACGUAUGCGAGUACAGGCAAACAGCUACCACUGUCGGAACACCGCAGACCGUGACCCCAUCUACCACACAAACCACUAUUCCUACCACCACACCGGAAACUGACGUCAUGGCUUCCACGGCAUCAGCUAAAGUCGCUGGGUCCGUGGGGGAACUUGUCGUAGGAUGAAUUGAAACAAAUGUUGCGUCCGUGCUUCAAUAAAAGAAGAAAACAA